AUGAGCAAUAUGGCAGCAAAGUUAAAGCCCAUGGAUGAGGAUCUCGAGAUCAAACCAAAGCUCCUAGUCCAUCUGGUCAUGGCUUCACUGCCAAAGGAGUUUGAAACUUUUGUUGUGAACUAUAAUAUGUCACCUGGAACAUGGGACAUAGAAAAGACAAUUGCUAUGUGUGUCCAAGAAGAGGACAGACUAAAAGCUUCACAUGGUGGAACACUCAACUAUGUGAAGGAUCAUAAGAAAAAGAACUACAAUCAAAAAAACAAAAAUUCUCCUUCAAAGGCACAAGGAAAAGCUCCCUAUCAGCAUCAGCGUCAGCAACAGUCUUUCCCAGUGGACAAAGACACUUGUCUCCACUGUAAGCAGACCGGGUAUUACAAGAAAGACUGCCCUGGAUUCCAUUCGACCCGGACUACGCUAAGAAGAGAAGGAGGCAUUGAAGUAGCCAAUGGAAUAAAAGCGGAAGUUGAAGCUGUCGGCGACAUCUCCUUGGAGUUAGCUGAUGGAUUCAAGCUUCUACUUAGAGAUGUUCUUUAUGUGUAUCAGCAAUCCAUUGGAGUUGUCUGCAAUCUAGACUGGCCAAGAUCGAAUUUCUUGGUGCAGGUGCUCGAAGAUUCUGACGAUGCUGCAACUUCUGCUCUUAUCAGAGAGGAGGUUGAGAAAUGGCAACGGGAGGGUGUCCGGAUAUUGUACCGGCACCGGGUGAUCCGUGAUGGCUACAAGGCUGGAAAUCUCAAGUCUGCCAUGAACUGCAGCUACGUGAAAGACUAUGAGUUUGUUGUUAUCUUUGAUGCUGAUUUCCAACCACAAGAAGAUUUCGUGAAGCUAAUUGUGCCCCAUUUCAAGGGCAAAGAGGAUGUUGGACUAGUUCAGGCAAGGUGGUCUUUUGUAAACAAGAAUGAGAACUUGUUAACUAGGCUGCACAACAUAAAUAUGUGCUUCCACUUCAAGGUGGAACAACAGGUUAAUGGGGCAUUCCUCAAUUUUUUCAGUUUCAACGGAACCGCGGGAGUGUGGAGAAUUAAGGCGCUCGAGGACUCUGGAGGAUGGACGAAGAGAACAACAGUUGAAGACAUGGAUAUUGCUGUUCGAGCACAUCUAAAGAGAUGGAAGUUUCUCUAUCUUAACAAUGUUGAGUGCCAGUGUGAAUUGCCGGAGUCAUAUGAAGCAUACAGAAAACAACAACAUCGAUGGCAUUCUGGUCCAAUGCAGUUGUUUAGACUCUACUUUGUGGACAUUAUCCACAGUAAGAUUGGGUUCUGGAAGAAAUUCAACCUGAUAUUCCUUUUCUUUCUGCUCCCAAAACUGAUUCUGCCCUUCUAUUCUUUCACUCUCUUCUGUGUCAUACUUCCAAUGACAAUGUUUGCUCCUGAAGCUGAGCUACCUGCCUGGGUGGUGUGCUACAUUCCAGCACAAAACCAUGGCCGCUUGCUUGCUUGGCGGCGGCGGCUUGCUGGACGGCGGCGACGAGCUGCAGGCCUUCCGACGGUGUGCGUUCAGUGGGAGGAGACAUUCCCGUCGACUACAAAGGCAUCUGUGGUGACUUCGUCAAUUUUAAGAUAA